AUGUCACGCACAAAGGCCAACGGGCCCCAGGCUGCUCCACGAAAGCUGGUGAUCAAGCCCUUGAAAAGCAGACCUCAAUUACCAGCUGACUUUGAGGCCAGGACAUGGGGAAAGCUGCGGGAAGCGGUCCUUGCUGUCCAUGCCAAGAGGCCUGUUUCAUGCAGCUUGGAGGAGCUCUAUGGGUUGGUGGAGGACAUGUGCCUGCACAAGAUGGCGGACCGGCUGUAUGUGAACCUGCAGAAGGAGUGUGACCGCCACGUCAGCGAGCAGCUGACCAAGCUUGCCACAGACCAGAUCAUGGACCCUGUACUCUUCCUAGGAAAGGUGGCGGCUUGUUGGAAGGAUCACUGCGACCAGAUGCUGAUCAUCCGCUCCAUCUUCCUGUAUCUAGACCGGACCUAUGUCAUCUCGACCUCAGGCGUGAGGUCGCUGUUCGAGAUGGGCCUGAACCUCUUUGGCAGCCACCUAGCAGAGCACCCUGAGGUGGAGAGGAAGACAGUGGUGGGUCUUCUGCAGCUGAUAGAGGCAGAGAGGAGCGGGGAGACAGUGGAUAGAGUUCUCAUGGCGCACUUGCUGCGCUGCUUCACUAGCCUGGGCAUCUAUGGCACGAUAUUCCAGGGCCCCUUCCUGCAGCAGACCACUGAGUUCUAUGCGGCCGAGGGGCUCCAAUAUAUGGCCACCACAGAGGUCGCCCAGUACCUCCUGCAUUGCGAGCGGCGGCUGGCGGAGGAGUACGAGCGGUGUCAGCAGUACCUGGACGCGACCACGCGGAAGCCGCUGAUCUCAGCGGUCGAGUCGCAGCUGCUGGAGCGCCACGUGGCGGCCAUCCUGGAGAAGGGAUUUGAUGGGCUCAUGGCGGAGGGACGCGUUGCAGACUUGGGCCGCCUGUUUGGGCUGUGCGCGCGCAUCCAUGCGCUGGAUCCCCUCAAAGCCGCCUUCCGCGCGUACAUCAAGAAGGCCGGCAUCGCGCUCAUCAUGGACGAGGAGAAGGACAAGGACAUGGUGAAGCUGCUGCUGGAUAUGAAGGAGCGGCUGGACACAGUCUUGAUAGAGGCCUUUGGAAGGGCCGAGCAGUUCGGCCAUGCUCUGAAGGAUGCCUUUGAGCACUUCAUCAACCAGCGCUCCAACAGGCCGGCUGAGCUGGUGGCGAAGUUUAUGGACGAGCGGUUGCGCGGAGGGCAGAAGGGGCAGAGCGAUGAGGAGCUGGACAGCACGCUGGACAAGGCACUCAUGCUCUUCAGAUACAUCCAGGGCAAGGAUGUGUUUGAGGCAUUCUACAAGAAGGAUCUGGCGAAGCGGCUGCUGCUGGGCAAGAGCGCGAGCACAGACGCGGAGAAGGGGAUGAUAACCAAGCUCAAGGCGGAGUGCGGGUCGCAGUUCACCAACAAGCUGGAGGGUAUGUUCAAGGACGUCGACCUGUCACGCGACAUCAUGACCUCCUUCCGCCAGUCGGCGUCCUCGAGGUCAAAAUGCCCCGCGGGUCUGGACAUGAGCGUGCACAUACUGACAUCGGGCUACUGGCCGACGUACCCAAUCCUGGAGGCGAAGUUGCCGGAGGAGCUGACGCAGUAUCAGAGCGUUUUCAAGGAAUUCUACCUCUCCAAACACUCGGGCCGGCGGCUCGUGUGGCACAACUCGCAGGGGCACUGCACCGUGCGCGCCCACUUCCCCAAGGGCGCCAAGGAGCUCUCGGUCUCCCUCUUCCAGACGGUGGUGCUGAUGCUGUUCAACGACGCGGAUGCGCUGUCGUUCGAGGACAUAAAGGCGGCCAGCGGCAUUGAGGACCGAGAGCUGCGGCGCACGCUGCAGUCGCUGGCCUGCGGCAAGAUACGCGCCAUCACCAAAGAACCCAAGGGCCGAGAGGUGGACGACGGGGAUAUGUUCCGCUUCAAUGGGGAUUUCAGCGCGCAGCUGUUUCGCAUCAAGAUCAAUGCCAUCCAGAUGAAGGAGACUGUGGAGGAGAACAAGAAGACCAACGACCAAGUCCUCCAGGACAGGCAGUACCAGAUCGAUGCGGCGAUCGUGCGGGUGAUGAAGACGCGGAAGAGCCUGAGCCACAAGCUGCUGGUGUCGGAGCUGCUGACUCAGCUCAAGUUCCCCAUGAAGCAGUCCGACCUAAAGAAGCGCAUCGAGUCCCUCAUCGACAGAGAGUACCUCGAGCGCGACCGGGAUAACCCCAACGUGUACAACUAUCUGGCCUGAGCCAGCCGUGUUGCAGCGCACGCGCGACAAUGUAUGCGUCGACACAUGUGCAUGCAACUUGUAUGCAUUAUCAGCUGCAGGGCAUGCACUGAAGAAGCGCAGGUUACAAGCAAUGCCCCCGUCAGCACCCUUGAAUAAGGGACUACAGAUGCGAUAAUGCAUGUUGUGCAUGCAUAAUUGUCCCCUCAAGCCUAAGUGUGACAUUCUGCGCCUUUCUGACAUUGUAGAUUACCGCAUAGAUGUUGUCAUUCUGUUGCAAAAAUAACAGAAGAUGAACAUAAAUACAGCCCAAAAGGUAUAAAGUAAUGUUACUAAAUUAGCUUGAAUGCCAUGUAAGCAUUCAGUGAUGGAUCUACUGCUCCCCAUGUCUAAGGCCAAGCGAAUAAGAAGUGCAUUUUGCAAACAUGCACGAAGCACAAAACACUCUCUAUACCUAGACUACAGUGUAUUCAUAAAUCCUUUCAAUGAACUUUCCAGCUGGAAU